AUGGCGUCCAACGAUUUUGCCCUCGCCCAGCAGCGACUUGUGGCACGGAGACAGGCUCGAGAAGCUGAAGCGCAAGCACGAAUAGCGGCGCAACAAAAAGCCUCCCAAGCUGCAGCUCGGCUCAACCGACUACCAUUCCCUCUUGGACGUUUGGGACAGGCUGGGUUAUCAACAUGGGAUACUAUCAGAGGAAGGGAGGGAACGAGGCCAGCUUUCAGAGUUGGGCAGGUUGAUGCGGAACUGUUAGAUGAGGAGUUACUGGAACUCCUCAAAGGACAAGUUGGGGAAGCGUUGAAGUACUUUGGAUCUCACAUACGGGAUGACUGGUCUGCGGAGAUUAUGCUCGCUCUGAGAGCUGUUCUUUUCAAGCUUUCGGUGUGGGAUCACGAUGCGACAUACGGUGCUGCCCUCCAGAACCUCAAGUUCACGGAUGCGAGGAAGAAGGGUCCGGAUUUGGUGCCUCCCACAAAAUUGCAGAAGGCGUUGUAUGGAUUAUUUACGGUUGGAGGAAAAUACGCAUGGACCAGAUGGGAAAAUUGGCUCGUGGAUAACGAUAAUGGAUACGAUACGCCUAGCCCUGCAUUGCGGAGACUGUCACGGUUAUCAGAUGCGUUCUCGACUGUAUAUUCGACGGCAGCAUUCGCCUCCUUCCUGGUUUUCCUUCUGAAUGGCAGAUACCGCACUUUGCUAGACCGCAUAUUAAGGUUGCGCUUGGCGACGCCGACAAGUCAAGUGAGCCGAGAAGUCUCUUUCGAAUAUCUGAACAGACAAUUAGUAUGGCACGCAUUCACCGAAUUCCUAUUAUUUUUGUUGCCGUUAGUGGGUAUAAGCAGGUGGCGGAGAUGGCUUGCCCGAGCAUGGCGGAAAACGAAGUCAGUAAUGCGCACUGGCGGAGAAGAGGACGAGGAUUUAAAGUCUGGGGAAUUUGCAUUUUUGCCAGAGCGAACCUGUGCAAUUUGUUAUAAGGACCAAAACCCUACGUCUACGUCGGAAGCUGAGGUUAUGGCGGCUUCAGGCUCGUCAGGAGUCAUUGGGUCUGCGCAAACUGACAUUACGAAUCCCUACGAGACCAUUCCUUGCGGCUGCAUAUACUGUUUUGUAUGCUUGGCAGGGCGGCUAGAGGCCGAAGAAGGCGAGGGCUGGACAUGUUUGAGGUGCGGUGAAGAAGUAAAGGAAUGUAAACCAUGGAGUGGGGAUGUUCUCGAAGAGGUGGUCAAAUCUACGCACUCUUCGAAAUCUGUCGGCUUUUCAGAUGCUCCAAAGGGGGAGGAAGAAGAGGGAGAAGAAGACGAGGGAGAGGACGAGGCAGAAGGUGAGACAUUUGACGAAGAGGAGGAUGAAUUGGAAGAAGACGCUGUUGAGUGAUCAAAUCCACUGGGGGGAUUUUGAUUUCAGCAAUGGGGAUGAAAUUCUCAGCAUUUAGGCACGGCGUUGGCUGGUUUGAUACGUCCAUAUAUUCAUAUGUGAUUGGCUAAUACCUAGAUUCUCUUUUCACUCCUCUAGAGGAAUGCCAUCACGUGCCAAAACAUACCACACCCCCAAUGCUUUCAACGGGUUAAAUAAGGCUCGAUCUUAAUAAAAUACAAAUCAUGAGUUCUUUACUCGG